CCUUCUAACCUCCCCUUGACUCUCUGCCAUGCAAAAACCUCCUAUAAUUCCCACUCUCUCUAUCUCUUCCUCUUAACUUUAACACUAGACAUUCUUGCAAAUGUCUCAAAUCGACAUCAAAUCACCAAAACAUUGCGCCAACAAACGUUUCCACUUCAAUAAAAAGCUCUUCAAAAUCAUCUCAACACUCAUAUUCUCAAUCCUCUCAUUAACCCUUCUAAUUUGGUUCCUCCUCCACCCUUCAAACCCUCAAUUCAUCCUCCAAGAACUCGACAUCUACCAACUCAAUUUCACGUCCCCUCACGUGCUCAACUCCUCCCUCGAAAUCACCUUAGAAGCAAGAAACCCGAACCAAAAGGUUGGAAUUUACUACGACGAGUUACAAGCUUAUGCAUCCUACAAAAGACAGCAAAUUACACUAGACACCUCAAUUCCUCCUUAUUACCAAGGACAACAAGAUAGUAACUUGAUAUCGGCUUCUCUCGUUGGAAACGGCCUCCCUGUGUCUCCUUCCCUCGGUUAUGAACUUGGUCGUGAUCAAGCUUCCGGGAAGAUGAUAUUAGUCGUAAAGCUUGAUGGACGCAUAAGAUGGAAGGUUGCGAGUUGGGUUUCGGGAAGAUAUCGGAUAAAUGUUAAGUGUGUGACAAUUCUGCCUCUUACACCAUUUAAUCCAAGAGGGUAUAUGAAUUCUAGGCAGGGGACUCAAUGCUCUACCAACUUAUAGAAUUAUUAGAAUAUAGAUUCAGUAUUUUAUUAUUCAGAUCCUGAUCUAGCUAAGAAUCUUGAGUAUAAGAUUCAAGUAUAAAAUCAAAGUGUUUUAGUUUUUGAGAUAUUCUUAUUCUCUUUCUCUUUUCAGGUAAUUCAGAUUCCGGGUUCGGGUUCGGGUUCGUUGUGUAAUGAAUGUGGUAAGGACUGAUUAUAUAUAAGUAGAAUUAGCAAAAUGAACAUAAAGAUUAAUUAGCAAAGAGUGAGGAUUACUUGAAUUACUUUUAUCUUGUUUACUUAAUUUGCUCUAAUAAUAUGUUUUUACUAGUAUCAAUCAGUUAGAGGGGCAAAUGAUAAAUCCAAGGAAGAAUUUCACUUCUUCCAAGAAAAUCAA